AACCGUAUCCAAUUUAUUAUGUAUUAGAAGAAAGGUUUAGUAAGAUUGGCAAGGCUCGGGCUCAAGGGAUUUCACACUUACAUCCUUGACUCGUGUAGUGUUCAAAUAUAAUUCUCCUCAAAUAUUUGCUGGGUUUGGCUGUACGUGUACGAGAUGACGUAGGUUUAUCAUUGAGAACAUAAAGGUUCUUGUGAGGCUCAGAUGCAUUCUCUCAAGGAGAGGGAGUUAAAGCAGAAUAAGUUCCAGUCCUGGCAUCCCCCGCACUAUCGACUAUGGGCUCCAUUGAAGCAGCUUGCCUCUGCAUCCUCUUACUUCUGUGUGGCAGUGAGGUGCAGUCACAGCCACCCUCCCCAGACACUGGCUCUAAAGAUGAUAUAAAGAAGAUGGAGUGGCCUGUGCUGCUGCCACCACAACGGGGGCCAAGAAUGACACCAUUUUGGAGAACAGUUGGGAGCAAACCUCUGGGAGCAUACUGCAACCAGGGCAUGGAAUGUACCACCAAGAUCUGCAGGAGGGGGCAGUGUGCAUAUCUUCUGCAGUACCGGUCUUAAAGGAAGCACUUUGCCAGAUUAGUCUUCAAAUAUCAUUUAUACGAAGGGCAUUGUACAAUCCACAUAGCUUAGUGACAUCUGAAUGGUGGUCGUCAUAUUACUCACCUUAGCAUUUUUCUCUGUUAGUGAUCAUUGAGCCAGCUCAAGGCCAAAGUCAGGCUAUAACUUGUAAGAAGGGUUAAUAUGUUUUAUAUUUCUUUAUUAAUACUUGUUGCAGUCAUUUGAAGGCAGCAUGGAAGGUUCUAAAAAGGUGUCAAUCAAGAGGAAGGGGAUUGACACAGAAGUCCAUAUAAGGAGUAGCUGACCCAGGCUCCUUGAUUGAUGACGGGAAAGACUUUUGACACCAAUGACCUGGGGGCAAUUAGCUCAGAGAAGUGCCCAUGGUGAGAGUCUAUAUUUUCAACAUUACUUCAUCAGCCCAGCUAGUGUUAGAGUAGCUUCUGUUGAACUCAUCUUAGUUGGUUAGUGAUAAAAGUAGGAUAGCUAGAUGAGCCAUAAGGCUCCACCAAGGAGAAAGGAAGGACCCAGCAGCACCUCAACAGUUAGGGCCAUAGUGGCAGGGCUAGGUAGGUCUUUGAUCUGCAUAAAGCAGUACACCUUUAAUGCUUUAUCCUGGGCCUAACACCUGUGUGCCAAGUGAGUAAAUUAAAUGAAAUUAAUGUGGGCUGCGGUAGAAGCCAAACACACUAUGACCCUUAAUAAAUAAAUACUACGACUGAGAACAUCUAAGGGACUGAUGGGAAGCUAAGACGGUGACUGUGAAUAAAAUCUGUUCCUGAAAUCAUCUGCUGAACCUGUGUGGACCUCCAGUGUAUUCUUUAUUAUAAAUGUGCAUGCAAAGGGUUAAUUGAGCCUUACUAUAUAAAAAAAACAUAUGCCCU